AUGGCGAUGGCGAUGGCAGCAGAGACCCUUGGCAGCGGCGAUCUGAACGUCCGGGCGGACGAAAAGCGAGAGAGUGAUACGCUAAAGAUGUUUGCCGCCAAGCUUCUGUUAGUGGCCAGCUUGAUAGCCAUCGGGACCAGCGUCACCGCCACGCCUCAAAUAGAUAUUCUCGGUGGCUACGAGCUGUUUGGACUUUGUGUGAACAACUGCGCCCAGUGCAAGAAGCUGUACGGAGAGUACUUUGAAGGGCAACGAUGUGCCGAGUCCUGCAUCAAGUAUCGCGGUAAAACCAUUCCGGAUUGCGAAGACACAGCGUAUAUAGCACCGUUUUUGAACACACUUCUGUCGCCAAAGUCAGUGUUCUAG